AUGAAUAAACAUAAUUCAAUUCAAACAGAAGAGAUAGAUAAAGUAGAAGAAUUAAUAAAAAAAAGUGGAUGUUGGGAGGCACAUUUAAGAUUAUCUGAUUGUAUGAUAGAAAAUAGUGAUUGGAGAAAGUGUCAAAAAGAAGUUCAAGAAUUUAAAAUUUGUAUGACAAAAAAGAAUUUUCAACAUUACAAUCAAAAAAAUCAACAAUAA